AUGUCCCACUUUUUCCCCACAGCCGAGUAUGCCGAAGAUCAACCUUUGGCGCGAACUAUUCUCGCCACCCAUGUUGCCAGUCGCGGUUUUCAGCUAGGAACUGCGCUAGGCUUGAUAAGCUUCACUAUUGAAUCUGCGUUCAAACGUCGAUCUAUGACCAUGCCUCUUCUCCUUCGCUCGGCAGGCGCCGGAAGCAUCAUUGGUGCUGGAAUAUCAACCGCCGGGAUGAUUGCCAGGAUGUGGGGACGAGAGGAUAUUGAGUGGAGAGAUCGCAGUUGGCGGCUACGAUACAAUACAGGGCAGUUGGCAAUUGAUAAUUGGGGUGAGCCGGGGGCGGUCAUAGGAGCUGUUGUGGUGGCCUUACGGAGGCCUUCUGUGGCUAUUUUAGGGGGGUGGCGCGGUCUAAUUGGCGGGGCAGGUAUCGGGUCCUUGAUUGGAGUGAUCGGGUGUAUCACUUUUGAGGAAGCAUUCCAGCAUAAAAGUAAAUGA